GUGCGCAAGUUGAAGACCGAACGGCACGUGAUACCUCGGACCGGCUGACCGGUUCGUCUCCCGCGAGUGUCCGUGGUCGCCGUGCACGUUUCUGUCCGUCAUCAUGCCCGGUUCGCCGCUGCGCCUCCUCCUCCUCCUCCUCCUCCUCCUCCUCCUCCGCCUUCGCGCACUCGGCGGCGGCGUGUACGCGUCGUCAUGCCCGCCGCGCUGCGAGUGUUCGGAGGCCGCGCACACCGUGAAGUGCGUGUCCAAAGACCUGCGGAGCGUCCCGAGUGGGAUCCCCGGGUACACCCGGAACCUCUUCAUCACCGGGAACCAGAUCCGGCGGCUCGGUCCGGAGUCCUUCAAGGGUCUGGACAACGUGACCAACCUGUCUCUGAGCAACAACAGGAUUUCGGAGGUGGAGUCCCACACCUUUGCCACGCUUUGCAGCCUUCGCUCUCUGGACCUGAGCAACAACCAGCUGGCCGUCAUUCACCCCGAGGCCUUCACCGUGCAGAACCAGUCUCUGCGGGAGCUCAACCUGAGCCGGGCGCUCUACAACCGCUCGGCGGUGACCGACCUGGCCACUUCUUUCCGCUGGAGCCCCCUGAGAACCCUGGAGGUCCUGGAUCUGUGUGACAACAACCUCAUCUUUUUACCUGCACAUAUUUUCUCCCACCUGUCCAGCCUGCGGCGGCUCCAGCUUUCCAACAACUCCCUGGUGGCCAUCCACAAUUCCACCUUGUCAGGGCUGGAGCACCUGGAGGAGCUCGACCUGACGCUCAACUGCCUCAAGAUGGUGCCCGAGGAGGGUCUGCAGGAACUGGACUCCUUGCCCAGAGCCACGCUCCUGCUGGGGGAGAACCCGUUCUCCUGCACGUGUGGAAUCGAAGCCUUCGUGUCGUGGCUCAACAGAUCACAGGGACGGCUCGGAGAUGUGGAGGACCUGGUGUGCUCCUUCCCCGCCAGCAUGAGAAACACCUCGCUGCUGGCUGUGGGGAAGCUGACCCUGGGGUGUUACCAGAGAGACCCGGGGGCAGACUUUGCUCUGCAGACCUCCUACGUCUUCCUGGGUAUCGUCCUGGGCAUUGUCGGCCUCGUCUUCCUCUUUGUGCUUUAUCUCAACCGCAGAGGCAUCAAGAAGAGGAUCUAUGACAUGCGCGACGCCUGCAGGGAGGUGUGGGAAGGCUACCACUACCGCUUUGAGAUCGACUCGGACCCCAGGUUAUCACAGGUCUCCACCAGUGCCGACAUGUGAGAGAGGACACGCCCCCUUUUUCUUAUGAAACAGACUCUUUUUUUCUAACAAUGUACAGCCAUGUCUGUAAAUAUCUACGUGUGUGAAUGUGUGGGUCAAAGCAUGCGCCGCUCAUCGGAUGAACACGCAACUAAUAGAUGCUUUUAAUGCACAAAUUCCUGGAUUUGUUUGUUGACAAACAUCACAUUGGGAGUUCUGAUAACAAACAUCCUGUAUUAUCGUACCGUUUUUCUAGAAGAAACAUCUGGGUCGUUUUAUAAUCACAGAGAAAACAUUGACAUGUUAUAUCUACAUAUGCAACAGUAGGUGGCAUCACAAAAAAAAAAAUCUUACUUUUUAUUCACAACCACCUACUAGAAACAAACAGGGUGAAGUCGGUCUAUGAGAUACAGUUGACACUAAUGGUGUAUCUUCAUUUUACCAUCUAAUCACUUUUCUAUGCAACUUUAACAAGAUCACAACAAGAACCAGCAGAAAACAUCCUCAAAUCACAAAGUAUGUCUAAAUUAUUUGCCGCUGCAGUUCUCCCAGAAUCGCUUCUGCUGUGAACUCUAACCAACUACUGCUGCUGGUGCAAAGCAGCUUCUGUGUCCCUCCGGUGGUUUUAUUUCUAAAAUGGACCAGUUAUUUUUGCUGCUCAAAGGGGUGGUGGCCAAGUGGUUAGUGCACUUGGUUUCAGUGUGGAAGGUUCCCG